UGUAAAAUAUUAUAUAUAUGAUCCAUGUGAGAAAUAGUUUAAUCACUUCUAGAUCUAAGUUCAGCUUCUGCAUUGUACUUAAAUACAUAUACAACUAUAUAUGCACAUACACUCUUCAAAAGGAGCUUGUAUUAUUUAAAAGUUGUCCCUUGCUUAUGCUAUAUCAUAAACACCAAAUAUAUCUUCAUCAUUGUCUCUGAAAAUCAAUGGGAAGAAAACCAUGUUGUUCUGAAGAAGGUUUGAAGAAAGGUGCAUGGACUACAAACGAGGAUAUGAUUCUUACUGAAUAUGUCAAGGAACAUGGAGAAGGCACUGGAUGGAGAUCUCUUCCUAAGAAAGCUGGGCUACUCAGAUGUGGAAAGAGUUGCAGAUUAAGAUGGGUGAACUAUCUUAAGCCAGGGCUCAAGAGAGGUAGCUUUACACCUGAAGAAGAAGAUCUUAUUGUUCGACUUUAUACUCUUUUGGGUAGUCGGUGGUCCCUUAUUGCUGGAAGAAUACCUGGUAGAACAGACAAUGACAUCAAGAAUUAUUGGAACACACAUCUUCUCAAGAAACUCAAAGCUCAAGGAAAUGAGCCAAGAAGACACAAAUCUCUUGCAAGCCACACUAGAAGAAGAACAAAGGAGAAAGCAAAUGUCCCUUCCCAAACUUACCAUAAAAAUGACGACGAAAAGAAGAAGAGGAGGAAGAAGAAGAAGGGAAAAAUUACAGAAAACGGUAGUAACAUUGAAGAGGGAGAACAAGUAGCUAAGAAGACAGAGGAGCAGUGCCAUACGCAGGAUUCUGUGCAAGCAGUGUCAGCUAAUAAUCACAAUUUUACAAGUUCUUCUAGUAGUCAAGAUGUUACAAGCAGUGCAGCCUCUACUAGUGAAGUAAAUCUUGAAGAAAAUGACAACAUUGGAAUUUAUGAGAAAUUUCAGGUGAUAGAUGAAUUACUCCUGGAUGAUAAUUGCCUUCUUUCACUUAAUCAAUGCACAGAGUUCAAUACUGAAAGCCAGAUGAUGUUGAACGAGAUUUAUCAAGAGUAUUUUCAGCUUGUUUCCGAAAAUUCAUAUCAUAUUAAAUAAAGAUCAUGUAGAUUCUUUUGUCUGCUUUAGUCAAGAUGGCCUUUGAGAUGCCAAUGAGACAUGUAUAUUUAUUUAUCCAAUGAAUAAAUUUGUCUAGG